AUGAACGGGAAAGACGCCGAGAUAGUCAACCGGAGAAUGGCGUCCGUCGCCAGACAUUUAAUUGCGCCUCAAGGCCAGGGUCCGAAUAACGCCCUCAUAUCCGGUUCGGGCUGCAGUUCCGGGUUCAACGACACGUACCAUCGGGUCCACGGGGACGUCCCGACCCACGACCCGACUUGGAAACCCGCUUUGGAUGAGUCGGGCAAGGAAUUUACCGACAUUAUUUACGAGAAAGCCGCCGGGGAAGGCAUCGCUAAGAUAACGAUAAAUAGGCCAGAAAGGAGAAAUGCUUUUCGGCCACAAACGGUGAAAGAGCUAAUGCGCGCGUUCAACGACGCGAGAGAUGAUAACUCUAUUGGGGUUAUUAUUUUCACUGGGAAGGGCACGCAAGCCUUUUGCAGUGGAGGCGAUCAAUCUCUCAGAGGCAAAGAAGGCUACGUAGAUUAUGAUAAUUUUGGACGUCUCAAUGUUUUAGAUCUCCAGGUGCAAAUUCGACGACUACCUAAGCCAGUGAUAGCUAUGGUUGCUGGGUAUGCAGUUGGGGGUGGACAUGUGCUUCACAUGGUUUGUGACUUAACAAUUGCAGCUGAUAAUGCAGUGUUUGGCCAAACAGGGCCUAAGGUUGGAAGCUUUGAUGCUGGUUAUGGAGCUUCGAUAAUGUCUCGUUUGGUUGGGCCGAAGCGCGCACGCGAAAUGUGGUACAUGACGAGGUUUUACAAUGCUGCCGAAGCAGAGAAAAUGGGACUCGUCAACACCGUUGUUCCUCUCGAGAAGCUUGAAGAGGAAACAAUCAAAUGGUGCAGAGAGAUUCUGCGGAACAGCCCAAUGGCUAUUCGUCUUUGCAAAUCGGCCAUUAAUGCGGUCGAUGAUGGCCAUGCCGGACUUCAGCAAAUCGGGGGAGACGCUACGCUUCUUUUUUACGGGACAGAGGAAGGUACGGAGGGAAAGAAUGCGUACUUGCAGCGUAGAAAACCCGAUUUCUCCAGAUUUCCAAAGCUCCCAUGA